UCCACCAGCAUCACAGAAGUUCCUCCUAAUUGUUCUGGCCUGGUCCAGUUGUAACCAUGACGACUGCCGAGCAACCUAACGGACUGUGCCGAAGAAACAUCCAAGCCCAUCAGACAGAGGAGAACUCCAAUCAUGUUGGAGACCAUAAUAAUUCACAUGCUGAAGAUCUGAGGCAGUGGGAGAAACAUGCACAGAAGGUGAAGUUGAAGGUCCUGGAGCAGGUCCAGGAUCAGCUUGGUCACAUACUAGAGAAAGCUCUGACUGAGUCCAUCCAGCCUUUUACACAAAACAAACCAACAGUCAACGGAAAGACGGUAAAACCCACAUCCAGUUCCCAGAGAAUGGACAGCAGUAAAGUGUUUAUGGAGAGGCCAUCACUGCUGGAUGAACUCUUUGAGAUCAGCCACAUCAGAACCAUCUACCACAUGUUCAUAGCCGUCCUCCUCAUCUUCUGUAUGAGCACGCUGGCUGUCGACUACAUUGACCAGGGCAGGUUGGUCCUGGAGUUCGACCUGCUCUUCUUCGCCUUUGGGAAGCUGGGAACUGUCACCCUGGCCUGGUUUGUGAUGUUUGCCUACACCCUGUUUGUUCCCUAUUGCUUCCUGGUGCUUUGGGGGUCUUGGUACCACAGAGUCCCCUCUAAGCUGGGUCUCUCCCUCAGCAUGGGCCUUGUCCUGUCUGCAUUGCAGAUGUAUGUACUGGGACAUUUCCCAGUCCACGUGGUCGUACACAACCAGCUGCCACCGGCCUCUCGGUUCAUUGUAAUACUUGAACAGGUUCGAUUCCUGAUGAAGAGCUACUCUUUCGUAAGAGAAACAGCCCCCGUUAUUAUCAAGAAUCCACCAAAGGAAGGAGAAAGCCCCAGAUUCCCUACAUUGUCCAGCUAUCUGUACUUCCUCUUCUGUCCAACGCUCAUCUACAGAGAAUCAUACCCUCGAAAUACCCACAUAAGAUGGAGAUACGUUGGCAUCACUCUUGGCAUGAUCUUGGGAUGUCUGUUUUACAGCUACUUCAUCCUGGUCCGCCUUUGUAUCCCUGUCUUCAGACCUUCAACCAGCCAGCCUUUCAGUAAAAGGACGAUGGUUCUGGCUGUGUUCCACUCAAUAUUACCAGGUAUUAUGCUCCUGCUGUUGUGUUUCUUCGCCUUCCUGCACUGCUGGCUCAACCUCUUUGGGGAGCUGCUGCGUUUUGCUGACAGGAUGUUCUACAAGGAUUGGUGGAACUCUACGUCUUUUGCCAACUAUUACCGUACAUGGAAUGUGGUGGUUCACGACUGGCUCUAUUGCUAUGGAUACAGAGACUUCCUCUGGCUGUCCAAAAGGAAAUUCCGAACAGCUGCUAUGCUCUCUGUGUUCAUCGUCUCUGCUGUCGUCCACGAGUACGCCUUGGCCAUGGGCUUUGGCUUCUUUUAUCCCGUCCUGUUCUUUCUCUUUGCUGUCUUUGGAGUGGUGUUUAACUUUACCAUGAACGACAAGCGGCAGAGCCCCGUGUUCAACGUCAUCAUGUGGGUGUGUCUCUUCCUGGGUCAGGGCGUCCAGGUGUGUCUUUACUGCCAGGAGUGGUACGCUCAGAUACACUGUCCUCGCACAGGGAAUAGUUUCCUGGAGUUGGUGACACCUCGAUCGUGGUCCUGCAGCUACCAGAGAUGAAGCUGCUUUUCUUCUGGUCCGGAGGGAUAAAUGAUGAAAGGAUGGAGGAUUUAAAGCCACAAUGGACUGAACAUAGCAGAGAGGAAGCAAGAACUACUUGAAAGAUGUGUACAUAAACGAUUCCUGAUUUUGGUGUGUUGAUCCAGUCACUUUUCUUCUGGGUGUUGUUGUGAAGUUUUCCUUAUGUCACCGAUUUAGACCUUCUAAAUGUUUUAUUUGCAGCAGUAUUAAAUACUGUUUAUAUCAGGUGGUGUGUGACUCUCCUGAAAAUGGUUGUAUCUGACUUAUUGUUUACCAAAUGUUUGUAAGAAAGCUGUAGCAUUAUAAUUAAUAAGUGGUUUGUAUAAAGACAAAGUGUUUACGGAUUUAACAAGUAAGAUAUAUUCAUAUGUGAGAAUUACAGAUGAUAAGCAGAUUCUUCACCUUUGCACAAAGCCAGGCUUUUCCUCCUGUUACUAGUCUUAAUGCUAAGCUAGGCUAAUCACCUCCUGUCUCAUAUACAAACUAAAACAUAUGAGAAAAUAUGUGCUAUACAUUUUCUAGGCUAUAUUUCAACCUCUUACUUUCCUCAAUGUAAAUAUUUGAAUAAGUGAAUGUUUUUGUUAAAGUAAGUUCUUAAAAAUGUAACAUUAAAGUCAGAUGUGUUUACUUAACUCAAAACAAGAGGUUUGCUAUCA